GGCAAAGAGAGGGGAAACUCUGGCCCCGUCCCGUUCUGCGCUUUUAUUGAGCGCUCCGAUCAUGCAGGAGUAAGAGUCCAGGUGGAGCAGCUCAGCGUUUCCAUACACGCCCGCUGCAGGGAAAGAAGUGAGGUCUCGGGCGAGAGUUACGCACGGAAUUACCAGGUUUUUUUGUGACGCCUGGAGGAUUACUUUGCUUUGGCAGGUUGGGAGAUUGUACACGGACACUCGGCUGACCUCCUCAACCAGCACACCAUCCAUCACGAUGAGAGCAUCACCCACCGCCAUCUGCCUCGCAGUGCUCCUCCUGUCCUGUGCUUGCUGGGCCAAGCCUAACGGAGCAAAGAACAAGAAACCAAAGCAAGUUGUUCCAGAGAUAGAGUGUGAUGUCAGAGCAGGAAAGAUCAACCUCCCAGAGUUCAUAGCCAAGUGUCCAGCCCACUGUAAAGAGACAAAGCAGCAAGUCUACGGGACGGGGGUGUUCGCCUCCAUCUCCAGCAUCUGCAACGCAGCCAUCCACAGCGGCGUCAUCACCAACACAGGAGGAAAGGUGAUCGUAAGGAAGAUGGCCGGCCAGAACAUUUACAAAGGCAGCAACUCCAACGGGGUGCGAUCUCUGUCUCUACCAAAGUGGAGGGAGUCUUUUGUUGUCUCAGUGGGGAAACCGAAGAAAGGAGUCAUCUACCCGUCAACUCUGGACUAUGUUCCUUCAAGACCAACCUACGUGAAGACAAGUCAAAAGGAGGCCACCACGCCGCUGUCGACCACACCUGAACCCACCACGACAACAACACCUGAACCCACCACCACCACACAGGCUGCAACCACCACCACCAGCACCACAACACCUCCGCCGCCAUCCACGACUACCAGAGCUCGAGCUGCUGUGCACAAAGUCAGGGAUGCAGGCAGCAGUCACCCGUACCUUGCCUCUGUGGCAGCGGCAAGUUCAAGGAAGACACAAAUCAGUCAAGGAAAGAGUCCCGGCCAAGUAUUCAGAGGAGGUGCCUAUCCGAAUAGAUUUCCACAGCGUGCCAGUACAGGUCUGCGCAGACAAGAGGCAGGGUCGGCUAUGAGGAGACAGCUAUCUUCUCCAGUCGGCCCAGCUUUUAACAGGGUUCAGCCAGCCCAACCAGAGCGGACUCCAACCAUGAGCCAGUCCAACCCUAGUAAGUAUCUCAAGAACCUGACAUGA